AGAGAAAUCUGUGAAAAGGUGAUGGAGAUGUUAAAUAUUUUGUUGUGUGUACUGAUUGGUGGUUCUGUCCUUGCUGUCCUGGUUCAUGCCCAAGAUCAAUCAGGCUUCAUUAGCAUAGACUGUGGGGUAUCAGCUGCUUCUACAUACAAUGAUGCAACAACAGGGAUAAAGUACAUUUCAGAUGCAACCUUCAUUGAUUCCGGGGUAAGCAGGAGUAUAUCACCACAAUUCCAGGCUAAAAACCUUGAACAGCAAUUUUAUAGUGUCAGAAGUUUCCCUGAAGGUGUAAGAAACUGUUACACCUUAAAACCUACACAAGGCAGAAACAAUAGGUAUUUGAUUCGAGCCAGUUUCAUGUAUGGGAAUUAUGAUGACCAAAGUAAACCGCCAGAAUUUGAUCUGCAUCUUGGAGUAAAUUUCUGGGAUUCUGUUAAAAUAGACAAUGAGACUUCUAUCGUUACCAAGGAGAUCAUGCAUGUACCCCCUUCAAAUAGCGUAUCUGUCUGUCUCAUAAACAAAGGCCUAGGGACUCCUUUCAUGUCGACAUUAGAGCUUAGGUAUUUCAGGAAUUCCACUUAUCCAACUCCAUAUGAAGCACUUGAGCUGUACCGAAGAUUGGAUAUAGGUUCAAUAACCAAUAAAACUAUCAGGUACAAUGAUGAUGUUUAUGAUCGUAUCUGGAAGCCUGUAAACUUUCCAAAUAGAAAGACAUUAAGCACCUCGCUUGCUAUUGAUGCUCGUAGAAACAAUGGUUACCUACCAGGGUCUGCUGUCAUGAGCACAGCACAUACACCUAUAAAUGCUAGCCAACCGUACGAGUUUUACUGGGAACCGACAGAUCCUCAAGCAAAAUAUUUUGUGUACAUGCACUUUGCGGAAGUUGAAGUGCUCAAAGAAAAUGAGAUCAGAGAAUUUAACGUAACUCAAAAUGGUGAAUUUUUAUAUGGUCCUGUUGUUCCUGAGUAUUUAUAUACAAAUACAUUGUAUUCCACAGUGCCAGUAAGUGGAGACAGUAUUGAGUUUGGGCUGGAAAGAACUAAUAGAUCAACACAUCCGCCAAUCCUCAAUGCCCUUGAAAUUUUUAUGGUUAAAGAUUUCUCACAGACACAAACAGACCCAAAAGAUGUUGAUCCAAUUGUGGAUAUAAAGUCAAUAUAUGGACUGAAGAGAAACUGGCAAGGAGAUCCCUGUGCACCUAAAGCUUACUCAUGGGAUGGCCUUAAUUGCAGCUAUGAAGGCUCUGAUCCUCCCAGAAUUAUAUCUUUGAACUUGUCUUCGAGCGAAUUGUCUGGAAACAGAGCUGCUUCUAUAUCCAAUCUUGCAAUGCUGCAGCAUCUGGAUUUAUCAAACAAUAGCUUAACUGGAGAUGUGCCUAAUUUUCUAUCUAAGAUGCCAUUCUUGAGCAUUUUAAACUUAGAAGGAAACAAGCUUUCAGGUUCACUUCCAGUUGAACUCUUGGAAAGAUCAAAUAAUGGAUCACUAUUACUAAGGUCUCGUUGGGAAAAUCCAGACCUUUGUCUGUCAGCUUCAUGCCAGAAGAAGGAGAAGCAUAAGAACAAGUUUGUUGUUCCACUAGCAGCAACAACUGCUACAGUUUUUGUCAUCUUCACCGCAUUAGCUGCAUUCUGGACCCUUAGAAGGAGAAAACAAGAAGGUAUAUCACAAAAGAUACACCAUAAGAGUGGAAGAACAUUGGAGUCAAAAACUCGACAUUUUGCAUAUGCUGAGGUCCUAAAAAUUACCAACAACUUUGAGACAGUCCUUGGAAGAGGAGGGUUUGGAACAGUUUUCCUUGGCUGCUUGGAUAGUAUUAAGGUAGCUGUGAAGAUGCUAUCUGAAUCAUCGGCCCAAGGCUAUAAGGAGUUUCAUGCAGAGGUCAAGCUUCUUAUGAGAGUACAUCAUGGAAACCUGACUGACCUUGUUGGUUACUGCAACGAAGGCAGCCAUAUGGGACUUAUCUAUGAGUACAUGGCUAAUGGAAACUUAAAGCAGCAUCUGUCAUAUAGAAAUGCAUAUACCAUGAGUUGGGAAGAAAGGCUUCGCAUAGCAACAGAUGCAGCACAAGGAUUGGAGUAUCUGCACUAUGGAUGUAAUCCAGCCAUAGUCCACAGAGAUGUGAAAUCAGCAAACAUCUUAUUGAAUGAAAAAGUCCAAGCCAAGAUAGCUGAUUUUGGUUUGUCCAGGAUUUUUCCGGCUGAAGGUGGCAGUCAUAUCUCAACAGUUGUUGCUGGUACCCCUGGCUACCUUGACCCUGAAUACCAAAUCACCAACUGGUUAAACGAGAAAAGUGAUGUAUAUAGCUUUGGGGUUGUCCUUUUAGAGAUAGUUACAGGCAGGCCAGUGAUCAACAUAUCCCAUGAUGAGGGUACUCACAUUGGUCAAUGGGUUAGCUCCUUGGUUGCUAAAGGGGAGAUCAAGAGAAUUGUUGAUCCAAGUUUGGGGGGAGAUUUCGAGAUUAAUUCUGCGUGGGAAAUUGUGGAAUUAGCACUGGGAUGUGCAUCUCGCAACUCUACGGAUAGGCCAACCAUGAGCGAAGUGGUGAUGGAAUUGAAGGAGUGUUUGAAAAAAGAGGUGGAAGAAGGAGAAGUAGAGGUCCAAGAGAAGGAAUCAGCAUAAAUAUAGAUACCGAGUCCUCUCCCAUAGCAAGGUAAAGAAGUGUCUUGUGCAUUGGGGCACAGAAAAAUGAAUGUGACUUCUCAAAGUUAAUUGGAUGUUUCAUCAGCAACUGCAAAUAAAUUCAUGUCCAAGGUUGUUCUUCGGACUUCCCUCUCCCUGUUUUUUUUUUUUCUUUCCCUUUCCCGUUUAGCUUGUAUCUGAAUUUUCUUGUAAUAAGAUGCAAGAUUAAAAAAUUAGUAAUCCUGGAAU